AUGGAAUCGAUCCGAUUCAAUCAGUCAAUUUUGAACGAUCACAAUUGUGACAAUCAAAUUGUUUCAUCUUCAAGCGACUCGAAUCUUGUCGAAAUGAUGGAUGUAAGCGAUGAUGUGAUGCCAAAUACCCAUUCGAAGCACGUUGCACCAAGACGUCCAAUAUGUGGAUGGAAGCGCCAAUAUGAGGAAGGACCAAGUGCGACUUCAAAAAGAUUGAGAUUGGAAACGCAGCAGCAGCAAGGAUUCGCAAAUUUGCCGAACUUUCUGAGAACCGGUUCCUUUCCAAUGCCUACCAUUGAACAACAGCUGUUCCCCACAUCACCGCGAUUUCGCUCACCGCCUCCAGUAAUUCACGAGCCGCUGUCGCUGACGAAGUGCAAUAUAAUAGACAGAGGAAAAAUAUUGAUAUCAUUUAUAUUUGAUUUCGAUAGCAAUCCAAUUCGAAUGCUGAAUGAAAGAGUUUUCCGCACUGUAAAUAAUGUUCACUCAUAUACGGAAACGUUUUUCAUUAAUUCAUUGAUUCGCAUUUUCAAUGAAAUGGAGAGUCCGUAUGAAUACCGUUCUUCAAUUCUUAAAACUGUUAUUGGUGCAAUUAGUCAUGCUAAAUUAGGAUAA